GUUGGAGAUGGGAGUGUGUAUGGAAGAAAUCCUAGGGUGUAUGUUACCUAUUGUGCGCAUCGAGGUGCUGUAAAUUGCCUUACCUAGUUGAGUUUUAUAGCAGUAGAAGACGAAGCAGCAGCGCAGCGCAGCGCAGCGAUGGCCACGGAUACAAACAACGGCGACGAAUUCGCAGUGGGUUGCUUGCUCGCCAUUAAGACCACAUUAGGGGAAGAGUUCGAAGGCCAGAUCAUCACCUUCGACAGACCUUCCAACAUUCUCGUUCUUCAAGAGGGCUCGAAAACUGGACCUCGUCGGAACGUUCGCUUCUUGAAGGCUAACUACAUAAAAGAAUUCAACCUUCUGGGCCAGGCAGAAGACCCACUCGAUCUCAAGAAAUGCUACCUCGACCUUAAUAGUCUCCAAGCCAGGGAGGAAUCUGCUAUAAGACAAGCAGAGAUAGAGGCUGAGAGGAUAGGUGUGGGUGUUACAAGCGAGGCACAGAGCAUCUUCGAUGCGUUGUCGAAGACGCUUCCGGUUCACUGGGACAAAACUGCCAUAGUCGUGAUGAAUGAAGUGCGAGUUAGCAGUCCAUACCUCCCUGAAAAUGUUACUGGAGGUACUCCAGCUGCCAAUGAACGGGUGAAGAAAGUGCUCGAGUUAGAAAGGAAGAGGCUGCAAUCCCGUGGUCAAAACUAGUGAUUGUAUCUGUUUAUCCAGUGUCUGGCUGCUGGUGAGAGUAAUAAGGCACACUGGUGUCCAUUGACGUGGUCAUUGUGCCUUGAGGUGCAUUCUAGAGCGGCUGAUUAUGUAGCUUGUAAACGUUAGUUUGUUUAAGAAGGAAAAACGGCUAAGCGACCUAUUGACCAUCUUCUUAUCUGAAGUAUAUACACUAUGGGCCAAGUCAAUGGGAUGCAUGAACAUAUGCAGAGGUUUUCGGAUUCUGCAAAACUUUUUCUUAUUGUCAUAUUUUUCGUUUUCCUUCGGGGGGUGGUGGACUGGUGAUGAAGGAGAGAUUUUGCUCCCUGUAGGUUGUCUGCGACCUUAAAUGCGGUGGCUGCUGUUGUCUGACUCUUGGCAUUCAUAACAUGCCAUUAGUUGAAAGAAAACUAUCGGUUUAGCUAGCUUAUAUGUCGGUUCUAGAAUCUGAAUGAAGGGGUUUUAUAAGUCUAUAUUUUGUCCUCUAUAUUCUUUUGAAACAACAAGUGGUUUCAGACAAUGCAAUUAGAACUCGACUUCAUCCUAUUUCAGGCAAUAUGAUUUGCUUCUUUU